ACUGGGAUAAACUACAACCAAAGCACCGAAACCGAUUUUUCAGUGCUACAGGAGUGAACAAGCAACCACAGCUUUCCUGACUUGAGGUGAUUAAGACCAUGGGAACAGAGACACUUUGAGGCCUGUGCAGCCAUGGGUUGCUGAAUAAUUUUUGAUAUGCGAUGUGUUAAUGGGGAACAGGGGAGGAAACCUCUUUGAGCCAAUUGAUGUUAUUAGGAAGGAGAGGCCGACUGGUGACUAAGCAUAUUCUGUUCCACAGGGCCGAGACAGCCACUGCUUUCAGGGUGAGGAGGGGCCACCCAGUUUGGAGUACAUCCAGGCCAAGGACCUAUUCCCACGGAAGGAGCUGGUGAAAGAGGAGGAGGACCUACAGGAAGGAAUGUAGUCUUAGUGAAAAUCCCUCAGAGCAAGAAACAACAAUGUAGAACAAUUGAAGUUUACAGCACGGAAAGAGGUGCCUUUUCCAGUACUCCAAGGUGAAGGUGUGGAAUACCUGGGCCGUGCAGAUGAUGCUGUAAUCGCUAUCUCUAAUUACAGACUGCACAUUAAAUACAAAGAUUCUUUAAUCAAUACCUUUCUGCAGGGUGUGGACGGUGACAUCUCAGUGCCUGUACGGCUUAUUGAAGCUGUUGAGAGUCGGGACAUGUUCCAGCUUCACAUCGUAUGCAAAGAUUCCAAGGUGGUCAGGUGUCAUUUUUCUACAUUUAAGCAAUGUCAGGAAUGGUUGAAGAGAUUAAACAAAGUGAUUGCCCACCCGACCAGACUGGAGGAUUUGUUUGCCUUUGCCUAUCAUGCCUGGUGCCUGGGAAUCUGUGCGGAUGAGGAAGAUCAGCAUGUCCACCUCUGUCGCCCAGGAGAUCAUGUCUGCCAUCGGUUUGAAAUGGAAGUAGAGAGAAUGCAUUUUGAUCUGCAAAAUGUUUGGAGAGUCAGUGAAGUUAACAGCAAUUAUAAGUUGUGUGCUAGUUACCCCCAAAAGCUGCUUGUUCCAGUCUGGAUCACAGAUAAACAAUUGGAGAGCGUAGGGACCUUCAGAUCUUGGAAAAGGAUUCCUGUGGUUGUUUACAGACAUCUGCGGAAUGGUGCUGUGAUAUCACGCUGCAGCCAGCCAGAAAUCAGCUGGUGGGGCUGGAGGAAUGCAGAUGAUGAAUAUCUGGUGACAUCCAUUGCUAAAGCCUGCAUCCUAGACCGAGGAACCAAAUUGAGUGGAAAGAGCAAAAGUGAGGGAACUUAUCUGCCGGACACAGACUUUGACUCAUCCAUAACCUCAGGAUCUGUGGCAGAGGGUGGAGGGACACCACAGAAGUUGCUUAUUUUGGAUGCAAGAUCAUACACUGCAGCUGUAGCCAACCGAGCGAAAGGCGGAGGUUGUGAGUGUGAAGAGUAUUAUCCAAACUGUGAAGUGAUGUUUAUGGGAAUGGCAAAUAUCCAUUCAAUCAGGAACAGCUUCCAUUCACUCCGAGCAGUCUGCAGUCAGAUGCCAGACCCUGGAAAUUGGCUUUCAGCCCUGGAGAACACCAAGUGGUUACAACACUUAUCUGUGAUGUUGAAGGCAGCUAUGCUGGUUGCAAAUGUGGUGGACAGGGAAGGGAGGCCAGUCCUUGUACACUGCUCUGACGGCUGGGAUCGCACUCCACAGAUAGUUGCGCUGGCCAAGAUUUUACUAGACCCUUAUUAUAGGACGAUUGAGGGAUUUCAGGUUCUGGUGGAAACAGAAUGGCUGGAUUUUGGUCAUAAGUUUGGUGACCGAUGUGGCCACUCUGAAAAUCUUGAUGACCUGAGUGAGCAGUGUCCAGUAUUUCUGCAGUGGCUGGACUGUGUCCAUCAACUUUUGAAGCAGUUCCCAUGUCUCUUUGAGUUUAGUGAUGCAUUCCUGGUAAAGCUGGUUCAACAUACGUAUUCCUGUCUGUAUGGAACGUUCCUCUGUAACAAUAGCAGAGAACGAGAGGCACGCAACAUCUACAAGCACACGUGCUCAGUCUGGUCACUGCUACGAACUGGCAACAAAAACUUUCAGAACUAUUUGUAUAUCCCCAGCGGUGAAACGGUUUUACACCCAGUAUGUCAUGUUCGGGCACUUCAUGUUUGGACAGCUGUGUAUCUCCCUAUUUCGUCUCCAUGCACACCCACUGGCAGUACUGAGCUCUGCCUCUCCCGAAGUGGAGCAGCAGAGGAACGAACUGGAAAGCCACUGGACAGAUUACCAAAAGCCCGUUCUGUGGACAAUCUUCCCUUGGCCUGUGACAGUGGAGGAGCUCCACUGACGAGAACAUCCAGCGAUCCCAACAUAAACCAACAUUGUCAGGAAGGACGUCUCACUGCAGAGCCCAGAAACAUGCCUGUGCCAGCCAUACCUGAUGUCCCUGAUGUAUCUGAUGUUCCUGAAACUGGGGCUGGAACAUCUGCCUCUGAACGAGAAGUAAAUGGCUUAAUAGGUCCAGUAGAAACAGCAGAGGAGGCUAGAGAGGUAAACCUAUUCAGUAACGUACCUCUUCCAGCAGAAGAGGAAGAAUCACCUGAUAGCAGAAAUCCAGACAAAAAGACACAGCGCUGCAGAAACCUUGAACCAUUGAUUCAUCCCAGAGACACUCAACAGGAGGAACCUUUAAAUGAUCUUAGCACUAAUGCAAUUGCAAACAACAAGCUUGAGGAAAAAGCACUUCAGAUUACUGAAAAGGAUGAAGUUACUCGGGAAAAACCAAAAGAAUGUAGGGUUUACGAAAAUCUCCCAGGUCAUUGUGAACAAUUUCUAUCAAACCCAGCUGCAAAGACCAUCUCCAUAGGCACUGACCAGUUACCAGAAUAUAAUGGCAACCCUUCUAAUUUACAACCAUACCUCCAUUCUGUGGCAGAUGUGCUUAACCUCAAGGAGAAAGUUUCUGCCAUGCACAGCUCCACAGAGACUGUGACUGAGGAGAGGACAAAGGCAGAUGGUUUUUCAUUCCCCAAGGACUUGAGCUUUGGGAAGAACGGUAUCUUGCUUGCAAAUGGAUUUCAAAAUGAAGCAGAACAGUGUAGGGUUGGGAGGACAGCGAUAGAGAGUGUGAGAACUAUCAGAAAACACAUUUGUCAGAGUCAGUUCAGUGACUUCUCAUUACUGAGCUCCAACUGGGACAGUGUACAGGGUUUGGUAAAAUCAGCCUAUGGUGGGGAUACAGGCCACCGGAGAGCCAAGCUGAAUGGUUGUCAUUAUAAAAGACUAAAUAAUAAGCAUCUGCGAGUGGGUUCUGCAGCGAGUGGACAGUACUUGCUUAAGGAGGAACAAAUAGGAGCACUUAAGAAUCUCCGACAAUCCCACCAGAUCCAUUCCAGCCUUUAUUCAUUAGGAUCAAAUCUAAAGACUUGUGGCUUUUUUACUCACUCAUCACAUUGGAGACAACUUCAACCACUUGGUCAGAUUGCUCCCACCACUUUGGAGAUGUCUCCGAGCUACGUCGAUGACGAUGGAUUGCCGUUUCCUGUGGAUGCAGUUCAACAGAGGUUACGGCAGAUUGAGGCAACUUACAAGCAGGAGGUAGAAUUGCUUCGUCGACAGGUUCGUGAGCUUCAGAUGCGACUAGACAGUCAGCAAUACUGUGCAUCCCCAGUGGAGCCGGACAUUGACUAUGGGGAUGAUUUUACCUGCUUGAGAGAAUCAGAUGACAGUGACAUUGAGGAAUCUCUGUCCAUCCACAGUGACGAUCAGCGCUCAGAAGCAAGUUGGGAACCUGUGGAUAGGAAAGAGACUGAGGUGACACGGUGGGUCCCCGACCACAUGGCAUCGCACUGCUUUAACUGUGACUCAGAAUUCUGGUUAGCCAAAAGGAGACACCACUGUAGGAACUGUGGGAAUGUUUUUUGUGCCAACUGCUGCCACCUGAAGCUACCCAUUCCAGAUCAACAGUUAUACGACCCUGUCCUGGUCUGUAACUCCUGCUACGAUCAGGUUCAAGCGUGCCGCACCAGGGAGAUUAUGAAUCAGCAGCUGAAGAAGCCCAUUGCUACUGCAUCUAGUUAAAAUGGCACUCUGCCUUCCCCAACUUGUGCCGUGAAGCUUCUAUUAUCCUGGAAACUUGACACUUGAAGGUUAGCUGGGUUCCACAGAAAAAAUGCAAACCCCAGCUGGAUAGGUGUUUGGAAGAUUUUAAGUACUUAUAUGAAAAUGCUGCUACAACAAGCUCUUGACCUGUGCACUAUGAACUUUGGGUUGGGGGGGGGAGGGGAAAGAGUAGGGAAAUAACCAAAAUAUUAAUGAAAUGAGAAAAUAAACAAAUCCAUCUCUAACUGAUGAGCUACUUAGAUUUGAAAAGAAAUUCUAAUUCCUGUAUAAAGAGCUUCUGAGAUAUAAAGUGGAGACUAUGUGGUGUCCUGUUUCUCAAUUGCUUGACCAGCCAUUACAAGAGUGAGCAGCUUCUGUGCCUCAGUAUAGAAUGUGAUAGAGGUAGAAUUGUGUAAAAUCUAGUUGUAUAAUGCAGGCUAUAGAACCUCUUAAUUCUAUCCGCUUUUCAACCUGUAUUAAAGGUUGCAAAGAGAAUGUUUGAGGGACUGUGGCAGUUGCUUGUUUAAACGACACCGGCAGCCUAAAUUUUAUUUCUGAGUUUCUCUGAGAUGUGUGACUGUGAUAUUCUGAUUCUAAAAUUUGCUUCUGAAUGAGGCAUUUCUCCAAUCUGUUUUCAUUUAUUUUUUUUAAUGUUGAUGGAAAAUGGGGAUGUACAUGUGAAAUCUGAGAGAUAUUUGGGGGGGUUUUGCUGGGGGUGGGCGGAUCCCACAGUAUUAUCACUCCCAUUAGCCUAACAAGAUGUCCCUCUUCAGUUUAUUAGCACUUGCAAUUUUUUUCCCCUUUUCUCUUACAAAAUAGAUUUUUUAUGAACUGGAAAAAGCCAUUAGGCCCAAAAAGCUUGUCCCUUUUUUCAUAGACCAACCACACUAUUUAUUAGUCCUUUCACCAUAUCUCUUGUCUCUCCAAGCAUUCAUAUAAUUGUCUCGUCCAUUUGUACUGUCUACUUCAAUGCCUUUCCCUGAUAUUAAUUACAAUUGAUUACUAUCUAGGUGAAAAUAUUUAACCCAACUUCUUCAUUAUUGAAACUUCUAUCAGAGCUCUGGUUAUAUGUAAAUUAUAAAUGGGUAGAUCCAACUCAAUUCAGUUAAAAUAUGUGAUUAUAGGAAUUUGAAUUAAGAGAAAAAUAAGUCUGUUUCCUUGUUCAUCUGUGCCUCUUUUCCUUCUAGCUCUCAUUGUCUUUCCCUUAAGGGUCUCCCUUCUCAUUUUCCUUUUCUCCCUCAUGGUGCACUUGCUGGAAUCUGGAAGGCACAGAGAAGUUUUUCGAUCACAGUGAUAUGCAUGUUUGUUGGCUGUGAUCUGAGGUGACAUUAGAGCUACCUUUUGCUGGAGAAGAAUGUCAUAGUGGUCUGCACGUGAUGCACCAAGGACUGCCGCAACAAAAUGUGUAUGGAACUGUGCAAGUUUGGGUAAUCUGUAGGUGUCUAAAAUUGUUUACUUCCUUAUAGUUAGAAAUUGACAGACGUAUGAUUUUAAAAGUACAUCUUUGAAGCACUACCCAUUGUUCGAGGAUUUGUGAUUAACACCUUACUCAGCCUAUAUUGAAAUGGAAAAGUUUUGGGAACCUUCACUGGAUCGACAAGGGAAUUCCUGAUCAACAAUUUUUUCACUUUGAUUUUACAGACUUUGAAUAGUGUCUCCUUUCUAAUUGUCUAACAGACUGUAUUGAUUUCUGUCCAUUUCCCAAAUGAAAUGUAGUGAAUUUCACAGGCCCCAGGUUAAAGCUGGCUGGGAAGGAAUCUUGCUGCUGAUAAUAAAAGUCUGUGGCAGAUUUAA